CGGUCAGAUCUGGCAACACUGAAACUGAGUUCGAUUCGGUUUCGAUCUUUGAAGCUUCAAAGACUUUGGAUGGAGGACUACGACUCAUAUUGUGCAGCUUCGUCUGUCAGGAGGGACGACGCAUCAGGACGACAACUACAAACCUCCUGCAGUGUCACUCAUCUGUUUCCACGGCAAAGCCAUCCUCCCUCCUCUGCUGUUAGAAAAAGGCAGAGAGGAGAUGCAGAGACACCGACUUGCAGCAAAGAAAUCUACUGUCCUCAGGAAGUGGAAGGAUGAUCCAAGAAUGACCCACGUCCAGACCAUGCUCCAGAGUGUCCAGGUGAGGACGGUGCAGCCAUUGGAGGAGUUGCUUCAGGAGUCAAAAUUGUCUCCUCAAAGCUGCGUCAACAAACAGAGUGACGUUUGUCUCCGAACACAGGACGGUCCACCGCUAACGUCUGACUUUGCUAAUGAAAACAACAGCCACUCUUUUCUGGCCUCCAUGUGUUGUGGUUUGGGGACAUCUGUCACAUUUCAGCAAAAAUGUCUUCGUGAGGACAACGAGGAGUCACGGCCGUCCUCCGGUUACUUCACCUACAGCCAGAAAAACAGUUUCUCCGGAAGGUCUGACACUCCGCACCAGAGCCGUGAAACUGAGAAUGCGAGCGACUUUUUUCUUCACACCACCGCCAGCACCGUUAUCAGGGUCCCACAGAUCAUCACCCACCUGCCGGUAGACGGAGAAGCGUUAGAGGACUCAUCCUCUUCAAGUGACUCACAAAAACUAAUUCUCCUGAAGGACUCGCCUUCCUGCGCUCAGGGGUCAGAGGGCGAGUCUGAAAGCUGCCACCCGGACAGUUUGGAGGGUGAAAAUGACGCUGCCUCCUCUGAAGCUUUGGCUCAGGAUUGUGAUGGAAACCGUGUGAGUGCAUCAGACAGUCUAGAGUUUAUGUCCACAUUAAGCACCUGUAACUCUUCACCACCAUCGAGCCAGACUCGACAGGACCUGGGACGGACUGAGCCAGCGCAUGUCCAGCUGGAGGAGCUCAUCGUCUCAGCCUCCAGGCUUUGCUGAGGAAGUCUCAGGCGUACCGAC